CGAUGCCCCACAUUGGUCUUUUCGCUGCGAUCGGGUGCUUUACGCUCUGGGGGCUGUUUCCGAUCUAUUGGAAGCAGCUCGAGGCCAUCUCCGCGGUCCAGCUGGCGCUUCACCGCAUCGUCUGGUCGUGCGUGCUGCUCAUGGUGUACCUCGUCGGAUCCCGCCAGUUGCCAGCGUAUCUGCGAGCGAUUGCGUCGUGGCGCGUCGUUGGCAUCUACACGCUCUCGAGCGUCUUCAUCUUCACCAAUUGGCUCCUCCUCGUCUGGGCCAUCAACGCCGGGUACAUCAUCGAAGGUAGCCUCGGGUACUUUAUCAACCCGCUUCUCAACGUGGCGCUGGGUGUUCUCUUCUUCCACGAGCGACUCCGAUGGCUUCAGUGGGUCGCAAUCUCGGUCGCAGCGGCCGGUGUCCUCGUUGUCGCGAUCGCGUACGCUUCGUUUCCGUGGAUCGCGCUUACGCUCGCUACGACCUUCGCGCUCUACGGCUACAUCAAGAAGCUGGCGCCACUGAACGCGCUGGACGGCUUGACGCUCGAGUGCAUGCUGCUGCUACCGCCGUCGGUCGUGUACCUCGUCGUCGCCGAAUGCAACGGAUCGGGUGCCUUUAGCCAUGUCGACACCGUAUCGAACCUCAUGCUCGUGGGCGGCGGUGUCGUGACGAUCGCACCGCUGUUGCUGUUUGCGAUCGCGGCGCCGCGCAUUUCGCUCAGCCUCCUUGGCGUCACGCAGUACGUUGCACCGAGCAUUCAGUUUUUGCUCGGCGUUUUCUUGUACAACGAGCCUUUCUCGACGUUCAAGCUCAUUGGGUUCAUCCUUGUGUGGGCGGCUCUACUACUCUACACAAUGGAAGGUCUUGUCGAGCUUCGUCGAGCCAAGAUCGCAGCAGCCAACCGCGUCCAGACGCCUCCCGUCGACAGCGUCUCGUCCGUUCCUUACUAA